GUUUUGCUUAUAUAACUCUUGUGAAAGUCCCUUCUGUUUUAGGAGAGCCAAUUUUCAGCCAUACUUUCUGAAAGGAAAAUUUUUCAGGGUAAAUUACCCUGCUUGGGUCUUAGCUCUUUCCUUCUCGGAUACGUUGGAGUUCGGAAAGCUAUUAAGAUAUGGAUACUCUUACUGCUCUUCUAUUUCUAGUCCACCUGAUCCCGAUGUCGAUAGCUAAGAAUGGAGUGAGUAGCAAGAGUCGAAAGAGAAUCAUGCCCGACCCCGUGACGGAGCCCCCUGGGACGGACCCGGUGUACGAAGCUCUCUUGUACUGCAACAUCCCCAGUGUGGCCGAGCGCAGCAUGGAAGGUCACGCUCCACAUCAUUUUAAGUUGGUCUCAGCGCAUGUGUUCAUUCGACAUGGGGACAGAUACCCACUGUAUGUCAUUCCCAAAACCAAACGACCAGAAAUUGACUGCACUCUAGUGGCUAACAGGAAACCAUAUCACCCGAAACUGGAAGCUUUCGUUAGUCACAUGUCCAAAGGAUCUGGAGCCUCUUUCGAAAGCCCCUUACACUCCCUGCCUCUUUUCCCCAAUCACCCGCUCUGUGAGAUGGGAGAGCUCACACAGACAGGAGUCGUUCAGCAUUUGCAGAAUGGCCAGCUGCUGAGGGACAUCUACCUAAAGAAACACAAACUCCUGCCCAGUGACUGGUCCACAGACCAGCUGUACUUAGAGACCACUGGGAAAAGCCGGACGCUGCAAAGUGGGCUGGCCCUGCUUUAUGGCUUCCUCCCGGACUUUGACUGGAAGAAGAUUUAUUUCAGGCACCAGCCCAGUGCCCUGUUCUGCUCCGGAAACUGCUAUUGCCCGGUGAGAAACCAGUAUCUGGAAAAGGAGCAGCGUCGGCAGUACCUCUUACGCUUGAAGAACAGCCAGCUGGAGAGGACCUACGGGGAGAUGGCCAAGAUCGUGGACGUCCCCACCAAGCAACUGCGAGCUGCCAACCCCAUAGACUCCAUGCUGUGUCACUUCUGCCACAACGUCAGCUUCCCUUGCACCAGAAACGGCUGCAUUGACAUGGAGCACUUCAAGGUGAUCAAGACGCACCAGAUAGAGGACGAGAGGGAGCGGCGGGAGAAGAAACUGUACCUGGGCUAUGCGCUCCUGGGCGCCCACCCCAUCCUGAAUCAGACCAUCGGCCGCAUGCAGCGAGCUGCCGAGGGCAGGAAAGAAGAGAUCUUUGCCCUCUAUUCUGCUCACGACGUCACUCUGUCACCAGUUCUCAGUGCCUUGGGCCUGACGGAAGCCAGGUUCCCGAGGUUUGCAGCCAGGUUGAUCUUUGAGCUCUGGCAAGACAGAGAGAAGCCCAGGGAGCAUUCCGUCCGGAUUCUGUACAAUGGUGUCGAUGUCACAUUCCACACCUCCUUUUGCCAGGACCACCACAAGCGUUCUCACAAGCCUAUGUGUCCCCUUGAAAACUUAGUCCACUUUGUCAGAAGGGACAUGUUUGUGGCCCUGGGAAGUAGUAGUACUAAUUAUUAUGAUGCGUGUCACCGCGAAGUAUUCUAAAAGCUACACAGUCCAGCACUGACAGAAUCUCUGCCAACGCCAAGGGAUGGGAAAGGUACGCUUCUAGUUCUAGCCUUUGCUAAGGGUACAAGAUUAUUGGUUUUCCUGGCUAGAAAUUGUGCUUGGGAGCCACACAGAUGGUUUCGGUUGAACAAUGAGGACAUUGUUCAAUUUGGGGGCUGUGUGAGUUACUUGAUACACAAAUGGCCAAUUCAUAGAAAAAGGAAGGUACUUUAUCAUAGCCAGACUUUGCUUACAGUGCUAGAAUAUUUUCAUACUCAGAGUUGCCAACCCAAGUGUGUAUCCUUUUGGCCUGCCAUGGUACUGUACAAUGGAGCCAGCCAACCUCCGCCCACAUUCUCUCAACCUGGGACCAUCUUACCUUGUCCUAGUUCAAUGAAAAAUUUCCCCAAGUGAUUUCUGUAAAAUGGGGCUUGGCAAACUUUUUCUGUACAGAGCCAGAUAGUAAAUAGCUUAGACUGUGUGCACCAAGAGGCCACAUACCGUCUCUGUCACAGCUAUUCGGUUUCACUCUUGUCACAUGAAAGCAACCACAGACAGUACGUAAAAUGUGCACAGGUCGCACAAAACAGGCUGUGGGUCAGGCUUGGCCCCCAGGCUGUAGUUUGCUGCCCCCUGAUCUGAAAUACAGGCUUCACUACAGUUGCACUCUCAACACUUUGAGAACCAGUUAGGUACCAAGAAUUAUUCAGUGGUGCCUCCAGUCACUUCUGCUGGAAACACCGAAUUUGGUCUGUAUCUGACGUUGUAACAAAACAAAGGGAAAUACACAUUGAAUCAGAAGGACUCACAGAAACAUUAUUAGAAUAAUACUUGAUGUUCAUGAUGAUUGUGGUGUAAGUUUUAAGGAUGUUUUAAACAUUUGUCUGCUGCAGUCUAUUUGCUGUAUAUGCUGAAAUUUUUGUAUUCCAUUUAGUAUUUUUAUAGUCUAGGAAAAUAUUUUCUGAGACCCGUUUUAGAUGUCCUCUUAUUCCUGUGUAAUAUUCAAUUUCCUAUGCCUGGUUGGUGUUUAGAAGGGAGCCAGAGGCGGAAUUCAGGCACCUUCUUCCAAUAAAGCGAAUUACGGCUCAUUUCCUUGGACAAGCUGUAGAACUGGAUCAACUUUUAAACCCUUUUCGUGACUUUCAGAAGGUAAAUUCUAACUGAUUUUUAAGUACGUUUUGGGAAGAAGUUUGUUACUAGAUAAUUAAAUAAUCUUUAUAAAGCAUUUUAUAUAUUAGAAGCAAUUGUCAUUAAAUCUGUGGUUUCUGAACUUGCGGUGCUAGUUCUGUGCAGAGGGAUGUGACGUGCAAGUGAGGUUCCCCAGUGUCAUUGUAUUCCCACGCUUUCUCUUCGUUUUUACCCAGUGCUGCGUUUAAGUACAUCUGUUUCUGUUAAUAAAUGUUGAUGAAUACUUGUACGUACCACUAAUGGCUUAUACCUGUAAGUCAUUCUAGUUCUUUUCAAGUGAGUGCCAAUGUUUUUUAAAUGUAUCCUUUUUUGUAUAAAUAAAAAUGUUUUAAAUUA